AUGAAAGAGGGCAAAGUUCGGCAUGUUGGGCUCAGUAAUGAGACCCCGUGGGGCCUCAUGCAAUUUUGCCGAUUGGCGGAGCAGGUACCUGGCCUCCCCAGAGUAGUGUCAAUCCAGAACUCAUACAGCCUUCUUUGCCGCACAUUCGACUCUGGGCUUGCUGAGUGCUGCCACAGCGAGAGGGUGAGCCUGCUGGCGUACAGCCCGUUGGCCAUGGGUUUGCUGACGGGAAAGUACCUAGCCCCAGACGGUGGUCCCCCAAUGGCGCGUCUGAAUCGGUACCGGGGCCGGUAUGCUGAGGCGGAGUCACGGUAUGGGCUCACAAAGCCCAAUGUAAGGGAAGCUGUCGGUGAGUACACCCGCUUGGCCGCCGCCUGGGGAAUAUCUGCACUGGAGCUUGCCAUCAGGUUUGUGUUCCACCACCCACUCGUGGCCAGCACCAUCGUCGGGGCGUCCAGCGUGGAGCAGCUGCGGAGUCUUCUGCACGCGGCAGAUAGACCGCCCCUGGAAGUUGCGCUCGUGGAGGAGAUCGACAGCAUACACAGGCGCUUUCCCAACCCCACGCCUUGA